GUUUUAAUGAAAUUCUUUCUCUGUACCCUUCACAUCGCGGCAUCGCCCAAGCGUUUUUUGUUUUCCUAAUUUUUUUCUUAUUAUUUAUGGGUUUUUUUUUAUAAAAAUAAAAAUGUCUAGGCAGAGAGGGUCAGCCAUGAGGCGUAAUGCUAAUGUUGGUUCAGUCGUUCAUUCAUAUAUAUAGAAUUCAAUUCAUCCCAAGUUUGCAAAGAUCCUGAAAAAAAAGCCAUUUGCUCUUUGCUCUUGCAGUGCAGACGACUGCAGUGGCUUCUCUCUGACGAUAUUCAUAUUCUGAUAAAGGGCGGCAGGCAUUGUGGACUUGGAGAGAGGAGAGAGAGGACAUUUUAUUUAGAUCCCAGCAGGCAGCAGGCACCAGCAGUUGAGGAGUUGGUCAAGAAGAAAGAGACUGGGACAGUUUGGGAUUAUUUAAUCCCAGGACUAAUACUCAAAUCUGGAGGAAGGGAAGCAGCAGCCCCUCAAUCUCAACGGUCAGAUCCGAUACAGAUCGCCUUCCUCGGCUGAACUGAUCGAGGCUCAGAAUCUGAUCCAGACCAAUUCUCCACCCUCCGAUCCCGACCCCCUCUCCGACUCCGAAAACAAGAUGCUCAAGCGUCCCGGCAGGGGAAUCGGAAUGGGGAAUCCCCAGUACGACUCCCUCUCCGACAGAAUAUACAGAUACAGGAGCGUCAUCCUCGUCAUCUCAAUCCCUCUCCUCCUCCUUACCAUGGUCCUCUACGUCAUGCCUCCGGGGGGUAAUUUGAGCAACCAGCUCCCCCGCAAGCUGCCUUCCAAGGCCUCCUUCGCCGUGAUCUUCGACGCCGGCAGCUCCGGCAGCCGCGUCCACGUCUUCUGCUUCGACCACAACCUUCAGCUCCUUCCCAUCGGCAAAGAUCUCGAGCUCUUUCUUCAGGUCAAGCCUGGCCUGAGCGCUUAUGCCAAGGACCCUCGCUCUGCUGCCGAGUCCCUCACCAGUCUUCUCGAUAAGGCUGAGAGCGCAGUUCCCAAGGAGCUACGUUCCUUCACUCCCGUCCGCGUUGGGGCUACGGCUGGCCUGAGGGCUUUGAAGGGCGAUGCUUCUGACCGCAUUCUCCAGGCCGUUAGGGAUCUGCUCAAACAAAGAAGCAGCCUCAGCUCCCGCCCUGAUGCCGUUACUGUCAUUGAUGGAACUCAAGAGGGUUCUUUCCAGUGGGUGACAAUAAACUAUCUACUAGGAAAUUUGGGGAAGAAAUAUUCAGAUACUGUAGGGGUGGUUGACCUUGGGGGUGGAUCUGUUCAGAUGGCUUAUGCUAUCUCAGAGGCGGAUGCUGCAAAAGCACCCAAGUUAUCAGAUGGAGAGGAUGUAUAUGUAAGGGAAAUGAAUCUUAAAGGAGCUAAAUAUAACCUUUAUGUUCACAGUUACUUGCAUUACGGGUUACUAGCAGCUCGAGCAGAGAUUUUAAAGGUUUCUGAAGAUUCUGCCAACCCCUGCAUCUUAGCUGGAUAUUAUGGUUCUUACACAUAUGGAGGACAAUCUUAUAAAGCAUCAGCUUCCUCAUCUGGAUCAAGUGUUGAGGAGUGCAGGGGGGUAGUUACAAAGGCACUCAAAGUAAACGAAGCGACAUGUUCACACAUGAAGUGCACAUUUGGUGGGGUAUGGAACGGUGGAGGAGGGGAUGGACAAAGGAACCUAUUUGUGGCUUCAUUUUUCUUUGACAGAGCUGCUGAGGCUGGUUUUGUUAACCCAGACGAACCUGUUGCCAAAGUUCACCCUGGUAACUUUGAGGAGGCAGCUAAGCGUGCUUGUGAAACUAAACUUGAGGAUGCUAAAUCAACAUAUCCACAAGUUGAGGAGGGAAACCUGCCAUUCUUGUGCAUGGAUCUAGUCUACCAAUCUACAUUGCUUGUGGAUGGAUUUGGUCUUGAUCCCUGGCAAGAGAUUACAUUGGUGAAGAAAGUUGAGUAUCAAAAUUCCUUGGUUGAAGCUGCAUGGCCACUAGGGAGUGCCAUAGAGGCUGUGUCCUCAUUAUAAAUGCAAGUUACAUUAUCAGCUGAAUCACCUAUUGGAAAGACAAGCCCUUGAAUUUUUGGCACCGGCGGUCUUUGAGCUCCAUGAUCAGUACUGCCUCAGAAGCCGACCUCAUAAACUGAUAUUGGGCUGAAUUGGGAAUUGGAUUUGGUCUAUAAUUAUGGGAAUAAUGAGAGAAUAUAGUUGAAUUUGUUUUCAUUUGUAAUUAUUCAGACUUAACUAUUCUUUAGAGAACAAUUUGAUUCAAUUAGUUGUACUAAUUUUGUCGGCUGAGCAAACAAAAUGGUGAUACCAUUUCCAUAUUUUUCGUUUGCGUCUGUCCUUGUCGUAGGAGAAAAAACAAUUGUUUUUAAUUUGUGUUUGCCAUUCAGUUCAUUUUCCUUCAUUUGAGUUUCCAACUUGAAUUCAAGUUGUUGGAACCUUAA